AUGCAUGGCAUGGAAAGGGUAUUUCUGCUGCAGCUUCUCCUUUGGCAACUCCUCCACCCUGUCCUGACUAAAUUCAAGGCAUAUGAUACCAUCUGCUCUAUGAAUGACCCCUUCCAGUUCCCAUAUGAAUACUGUAAAACAGGGGAUCUAAUAAUUGGAGGGAUUGCUGCCCAGUUUGACUGCCUUUUGGAAAUAAGCAACUUUGUGGAACCCCCUGAAACAAAGGUGGUAGAUGAACUCAUGGUAAUGUUAAAGAAUUACCAGCAUGUCCUUUCAUUAAUAUUUGCUGUGAAGCAGAUCAAUGAGAAUCCCAAAAUAUUAUCCAAUCUCAGCAUAGGGUUUCACAUUUAUGACAGCUACAAUAACGCAAAGAUGUCUUAUCACAACACCCUGAAACUUCUGUCUGCCCAGAGGAGGACCGCUCCAAAUUACAACUGCGGGAAGCAAAGUAAUUUGAUAGCUGUCAUUGGGGGACUUGAUGCCAAAGUCUCCCUUCAUAUGGCUACUGUCUUAGGCAUCUAUAAAAUUCCACAGAUUGCUUGCUGUGUGUUUGCUCCAGUAAUGAACAGUAACACCCAGCUCCCUUUUUUCUACCGGAUGAUCCCCAGUGAAACAAAUCAGUACAUGGGAGUUAUUCAGCUGCUUCUUUAUUUCCAGUGGAAAUGGAUUGGGAUUAUUUCACCGGAUGGUGAUAAAGGAGAAAAAUUUGUGCAGGCAUUGUUACCCCUGCUUUCCCAGUAUGCAAUCUGUGCAGCAAUCAUUGAAAGAACACUAUCCCUUUCUGGUGUUUUAGAGAAUUUUGAGUCAUUUGAACCCCUUCUUGCCAUGGCUGUUUCGUUAUCCUCACCCAGCAUCAAAGUCUAUAUUGUAAAUGCAGAUCCCCAAGCUGUGUCAUGCUUGAAAUGGCUGCUAUACCUUUAUCACAGCAUAGAAAGCCCAACACAACUAACUAUAGGCAAGGUGUGGAUUAUGACAGCCCAGUGGGAUUUCUCAUCAGAGACGUUUCACCGGGAUUUUGAUGUACAAGUUUUCCAUGGUGCCUUGUCUUUGGCAAGUCACUCAAAUGAAGUGCUGGGGUUUACAGAAUUCUUGCAUUCUCUCCAUCCUACCUCGUCAAAAGGAGAUGGGUUCAUCAGGAUCUUCUGGGAACAAGCAUUCAACUGCCUAUUUCCUGAUUCUAAUGUGGACAAAGAGAAUAAUAAUUAUUGUACUGGUGAAGAGAACUUGGAAAAUCUCCCUGGAACUCUCUUUGAAAUGAGCAUGACUAGUCAAAGCUACAGCAUCUACAAUGCAGUCCAUGCCAUAGCAAAUGCUUUCCAUAGGAUGUUCUUAUCUUCCACCAGUAGGUUAGAUCCCCCAAAUCUGUUACCUUGGGAGCUUCACCGUUUUCUGAGGACCAUCUCAUUUAACAAUAGUGCUGGAGACACUGUAUCUUUUGAUGAGAAUGGAGAAUUGGUGGCUGGAUUUGAUGUUAUCAACUGGGUCACUUUCCCAAACAAAUCCCUUCUUCGUGUGAAAGUUGGAUGGUUGGAUCCACAGACUUUACAUGGUCAUAAAUUAACUCUUCAUGAAGAGGCCAUCACAUGGCACAGUUCAUUUAAUCAGAACCUGCCCAUUGCUCUGUGUAAUGAGAAAUGCCAUCCAGGUUACAGGAGAAAAAGGAAAGAAGGGGAGCCAUUCUGCUGCUACAGUUGUGUUCCAUGUCCAGUUGGGAAGAUUUCGGACCAGAAGGACAUGGACAACUGUUUCCGGUGUCCUGAAGAUCAAUUUCCAAAUGAGAGCAGAAAUCAAUGUAUUGCCAAGAGAUUGCAUUUUCUCUCUUUCCUGCAUCCUUUGGGGAUUACUUUAGCAUUUUUGGCUCUCUUGUUUGUUCUACUCACAAUCCUGAUACUAGGAGUUUUCAUCAAGAACCAGAACACCCCCAUUGUCAGAGCCAACAACCGGGACCUCACCUAUUCUCUGCUGAUCUCCUUAUUGCUUUGUUUUCUCUGCUCCUUGCUAUUUAUUGGCCAGCCACAAAUAGUGACUUGCUAUUUACGACAAGUUACUUUUGGUAUCAUCUUCACAGUGGCUGUUUCUUGUAUAUUAGCAAAAACUAUCACUGUAGUCCUAGCUUUCAUGGCCACCAAGCCAGGAUCUAGGAUGAGGAAAUGGGUUGGGAGAAGAUUGGCCACCCUCAUCCUGUUUGGCUGCUCCUUUGUUCAGGUCAGUUUUUGUGCUGUAUGGCUAUGUACAGCUCCUCCAUUCCCUGAUUUUGAUAUGCACUCACUCCCUGGAGCAAUUCGAGUGUGCUGCAAUGAAGGAUCAGUUGGCAUGUUUUAUUGUGUCCUGGGCUACUUGGGAUUUUUGGCUAUUGUCAGCUUCACAGUGGCUUUCCUAGCCAGGAAGUUGCCAGAUAGUUUCAAUGAAGCCAAGUUCAUCACUUUCAGCAUGCUGGUGUUUUGCAGUGUAUGGCUGUCCUUCAUUCCCUCAUAUCAGGGCACUAAAGGAGAAUAUAUGGUGGCUGUGGAGAUCUUCUCUAUCUUGGCAUCUGGGGCUGGAUUAUUAAGUUGUAUCUUUUUCCCUAAAUGUUACCUCAUUAUCCUGAGGCCUGAACUGAACAUCAAGGAACAGUUGAUAAAGAGAACCAUUUAA